ACAUAGUAACUAAACCGUUCUGCUUUAGGGAAAAAAGUUGAUUGAACGAAUAGGAUCGACUAUUUUCAUAAACUGCGAUCCGGUGGUGUAGAUUUCUAGCCUUCGUUAAAGCAGGCUGCUUGCUGUUCUUAUAAAAAACUACGAGGAAAUGGCUUGUUCAGUUAUAGGGUACCCAUUAUUAAGGAAUCCAUCGGUUCGUCAUUAUGUGGCUACAGCAGCAGCCGAAUAUACUCCAAUGAUUAGUGAAUGUGUAAAAAUAAUAGCUGGCAAAACUAUUAUUGCCGCUGUUAACCCUACUAGUCCAGUUGCUCUCGUUUCAGUUAUUUUCAAGGCUGGUCCACGUAAUGAAAACUACGAAUCAGAAGGAAUUUCACACGCUAUUAGAAUUUGUGCUGGAUUGACCACUAGUAAAUCCAGUGCCUUUGGAAUUGCAAGAAAUGUUCAACAGCUCGGAGGAUAUUUGACAGUAUCUUCUGAACGCGAAUUUACAUCUUACACCCUUAAAAUUUAUAAAAACAAUCUUGCCCCAGCUCUUCAUUAUUUAAGAGAUGUUAGCGCCUGUCAAUUAUUUCGACAUUGGGAAAUAGCAGAUGAAAUUCCAAGAUUACGUUACGAGUCGUCAACAAUCCCUGAUAAUAUACUGGCUAUCGAAUUACUUCAUAAAGCUGCUUAUAGAGAGGGACUUGGAAAUUCCCUUUAUUGUCCAAAAAGACAUAUUGGAAAAUUUGGAACAGAUGCCUUAAAUGAAUUUGUUUCAAACUACUUCACUGGUUCCCGAUGUGCGAUUGUGAGUUCUGGCUUAUCUUUCGAGAAAUUGGAAGAAUUUGCUUGUUCGGUGGAUGCUUCCACUGAGAUGUGUGGCGACAUACCGUCUAAAUACCAUGAAAGAGAAUGUCGUAAAGAUCGUCUUUCUAAUCUGGCGCACGUGGCUGUAGCAGUCGAAGGAAGUAGUUUUGAAAAUCGUAAAGAUUGUAUUGCUUUUGCAAUUUUACAAAAAAUUGCGGGUCACGGCCCUCAAGUGAAACGAGGAGGGAGUCAAACUUCAUUCUACAAAGCGGUUUCUCAAGCUAGUGAAGAUAUUUUUGCUGUAGGUGCUUUUAAUGCAGUUUACAGCGACAGCGGACUAUUUGGUUUUAUUCUUAAUGCUCCAAGUAAAACAGCAGGAAGCUUGGUCAAAGCUGGUGUACAAUGGUUGCGAUCGCUCCAAAUUACAGAUGAGGAUGUUGUACGUGGAAAACAAAAUUUUAAAUUGGAUGUUUUUGAUACUGCUAAUAGUAUUCAAGCAUAUCACAAUAACAUUAUACAUCAAUUACUAUUUACAGACAAGAUUGUAUCUGUAGAGGAUAUUUUAUGCGAAAUUGAUUCUAUUUCCACGGAUGAUAUCAAGCGUGUUGCUAAUCGGGUGUCUAAGGGUAAAAUUGCAAUGGGUGCAGUUGGUAAUUUAGAAACGGUUCCUUACAUCCAUCAAUUGUAAAAGAGAACAUUUAUAGUAUGACUAGUAAAGUUUUCAAUUUUAUAAGAACUGAAACGCAAAUGUUAUUAACUUACUAUCUACAGUGUACCAUAACGCAUUGCAACCAUCUAAAUAACAAUACUGUCUGCAUGUAUAUAAAAUAAUGUAAUAAAAAUAAAUAAUUCGUUAAAUUAAUUAGAAAA